AAGACUCGGAAUAGGCCCCGGAGGCCCGAGGUCCCCUCAGCCUUGGGAAGGAGGGCUGCAAGGCCGGGCGCGGGGAGAGCUCCGGAAGAGAGCGAUGUCUGUGGGGGUCUUGGCGGGAGACAGAAAGGAGGGAGCUCAGGCGGGCGGCGGCUCCGGCCAGGUGGAGGGAUGGUGGCGAGCGGGGUGGGGGACCCUGAAGAAAAUGGGGCUCUGUCAGGGGAUCCGGGAUGGAGUCUGAGGCUCUUGUUGCUGGAGGAGCCCUGGUUAGUGGAGGAGUGUUGUAUAGGAGUUGAGGGGAAAUCCCUUUGUGGGAAAGAACAUAAUGGAAGGGGCGGGGGGGGGGCACUGCAGCGAAGGCGCUGAAGGGGAGGCUCGAUUCCUGUCGUGCAAGAUCUGUCACUAGAAAUCCCCACCCGUCUCCCACUCACUCGGUGUGCGAGAAAAGGCAGUCAUUACCGUCUCGACGUCUUGCUUUCUGUAAUGCUAAUGAAGUUGCCAUUGAGCUGGGGGAGUUGAAGUGCAGUGUGGAGUAAUUAUUGAUGGAAGUAAUACCUCAGAACAAAACACCCUUUUAAGUAGAUUAGUCAUCAGGUGAAGCUGCUAUUACUCUUGCUAGGGACUGUGUUUUGAGAGCAAGAAGGUCUUUCAGACACACUCCUUAUUAUCAGACUUCUAAACCGUGCUUGCCCCAUGUAUGUGCCCCACGCAUCAAAAUGGACUAUGGUGCCAGUGAAAGUGUAGGCAAACAUAUGCUUGAAGCAUGCAAUAAUAAUCUGGAAAUGGCUGUCACUAUGUUCCUUGAUGGUGGAGGCAUAGCUGAAGAGCCCAGCACUAGUUCAGCAAGUGUAUCAAAUCUCCGACCACAUGCAGAAGAUGAAGUACGAGCACCUAUUCCUCAAAAGCAGGAAAUACUAGUAGAACCUGAGCCUCUGUUUGGUGCUCCAAAAAGACGCAGACCUGCUCGUUCAAUAUUUGAUGGCUUUCGGGAUUUCCAGACAGAAACCAUUCGGCAGGAGCAGGAGUUGAGGAAUGGAGGGGCAAUAGACAAGAAACUCACCACCCUUGCGGACCUCUUCAGGCCUCCAAUUGAUUUGAUGCAUAAAGGAAGUUUUGAAACAGCCAAGGAGUGUGGUCAGAUGCAGAACAAGUGGCUCAUGAUUAACAUACAGAAUGUGCAGGAUUUUGCCUGUCAGUGUUUGAAUCGUGAUGUUUGGAGCAAUGAGGCUGUGAAAAACAUAAUCCGGGAACACUUUAUUUUCUGGCAGGUAUACCAUGACAGUGAGGAAGGACAAAGGUAUAUACAGUUCUACAAACUGGCAGACUUUCCUUAUGUCUCUAUCUUAGACCCUAGGACAGGACAGAAGCUAGUAGAGUGGCACCAGUUAGAUGUAACUUCAUUUUUAGACCAAGUGACUGGGUUCCUAAGUGAGCAUGGACAACUGGAUGGACAUUCUACAAGCCCUCCCCAGAAACGCACUCGCUCUGAGAGUCUCAUUGAUGCGAGUGAAGAUAGUCAGUUGGAAGCUGCCAUCAGAGCCUCCCUACAGGAGACGCAUUUCGACUCUGAACAAGUCAAACAAGAGAGCAGAUCAGAUGAGGAGUCUGAAUCGGAGCUUUUCUCUGGAAGUGAGGAGUUUAUUUCUGUUUGCGGUUCUGAUGAUGAUGAACCCGACAAUCCUGCCAAGUCUAGGAAGUCUCCACACAAGGACUUGGGGUGCAGGAAAGAGGAAGGCAAAAGGCCUCACCUUGAACCCACAGCAAGGACCGAACCUGAGGUGGUAACAAACCAUCAAGGACUGUCUUGCAUGGAUUCUGGGGUACUGGAGGAGGCUGGGGCUAAGCCAGAAGCUUCAGUGAAGGAGCUGAAUGUGAACGGACCAAAGGCACAGCUUAUGUUAAGGUAUCCAGAUGGGAAGAGGGAACAAAUUUCACUGCCUGAACAAUCUAAGCUUCUGGCUCUCAUCAAACAUGUACAGUCAAAAGGAUACCCCAAUGAACGUUUUGAACUCCUCACCAACUUUCCUCGGAGGAAACUUUCCCAUCUGGACUAUGACAUUACAUUACAAGAGGCUGGUCUUUGUCCUCAAGAGACUGUGUUUGUGCAGGAAAGGAAUUAGUUCUCACAAUCUUCCCCAAUACAUCAUCUUUGCCUACAAUACUAACUCACUGUGUAUGCAGUUGACUCCAUGGGACUCCAGAGCGGAAAUCGGGCAGCCAUUCACCAUCCCUUUUCUUUCCCUCCUUUAUGCUACUCUUGGCAAGUGAGUCGUGUGGAAUAAGCAGGAUAGGUUUACUUAGCUUUGGUGCUGGGAGAGGGCAUGCUUCGGUGGCUAAUGCUAUUUCAAAAUAGGAAGGGCUGUCUGUACAUCCAGCAUGCUGGGGACACUGAGCAAGAGGAUCAAGGAGUAUUUCUCCUUCCCGCCCACCCCCCGAAAAGCUUUAAUAAGGCUUAUUUCUAAGAAGUCUCAUGACCAUCCACUAAAGGCUUCUUUGCACAACCAUCUGAGUACAGAGUGACAGCAUGGGGGCAAUUGUGUGUUCCCACUACCACACGCAAGAUCAGUUUUCAGCAUGCAUUGGAAAACACGUUGCUUUUUCUUGGGAUGACAACAUCCUGCUGAUUCCUGCAUGUGGCAAUGGAUUCAUACAACCUAGCCAUGAAUUAGGAGCCACAGUCUGCAGGCUUUCCAAGUAGCCAGCAUGUGCCAAGAUUGUUGUGUGAAAAUGCCCUGAGUCCUGCCCACUUGUGAAGGAAUUGUAAACUGAGCUGUGAAUCCAGCACCCUUGUAGUCCUUUGGAAGUCAUAGCAAGCGCAGUUUCAGGAAGGGCCCUGAAUUAUCAACGUUGGAGCAGUUGUCUGGAUUGACCUGUAUGUAUUUUCCAUUUGUUACGGAUGGGAUGACUUGCUUUAAAAGAAGGUGAUGUAGCCAGUAAAUGUAGUGCAUCCUAGCUAUUGUCAUCUAAGCCUUCCUGCUUGGUCUAGAGUGGCAGGGCUUUCCUUUUCAUGAUUAAAAGGGGAAAGGGGUUGUUUUCUAUCAGGAUUGUACAGACAGUGAAAUAUGGCAAGAUGCUGACUAUGAAUGUAAAACUAAUUAAACCUUUUCUGUCAUCACUUAAAGGUGUUUUGAUUCACCACGCCAGACUGAAAUUCUGUUAUAUUGGGUUUUAAUGGACUUAUUUGUAUAGGUUCUGGGUUACAAGGAAAAGGCAAUCUCUUGUGCUUUUUUGUUUUUAAUUCCUUUAAUUAACACAUGAAUAGCAAGCAGGGUAAAAUGGUUCUAGAUUGACAGUGUCAGUGGUUCUGAACUCUAGCUAUUCAAACAGCUAUUGAUUUGUUUUUAGCAACAACAGAAAGUACAUGUACACAAGAAAUGUGGGUCUGACAAUAUCUGACCCCAAACACAAUGCUAUUUGCAGCAUGAUGACCAUAUUCUCACCACACAGUUUUCAUCUCUAAGUCUCAACUUUCCAUAAGGUUGUUCCUGAGAGCAAAAUACUUCUACUGCAUUGUAGAAUGAAAGCAUGUAACCCCUUCCUCCUUCCCUUAAAACAACAAAUAUAAGACGACUUAAUAACUGUGUUCAAAUACAUCACCACAAUUACAGAACAUAGUGUUAUCUCUCAAAGGCCCAAACUGAACUUUUGUGUGUUUUUUUUUAAAAAACCACCCAUACAGCUGGCAGGAAUUCAAGAUUAGAGCAAGCUGAUAGUGUGGGAUAAGAUAUCUAGCUUUUGACCUCCCUAUCAAGGCCUGGAGCUUCUCUUCUUGGGAACAAAUGUCAGCAAACAUUUGAUAUGCAUAGCUGACAAGGAUAAGGUAUUCUUUGAAACUAGAAAUAUGCAAUCAAAUAACUGGCUGGUUAAUAAUCAGUAAGUGAAACUGAGCCCCUUCUCGCCCUCCUUGUCUUUGUUUCAUGUCGCUUCUGCUCUUUUCCACACGCUUCCUUCUUGUUCAUCUAUCAUUUUAUUAGGUUUCUGUUUCUUGGUCUAUUGACUUCGACUACAGAUAUUUAUAUACCACAUAUCCUUCAGCCCCUAAUGGGUUUCCUGUCCCUUGUUGCCUCUGCUUCCAGAGAUCUUUCAGGUGCCCAGCCUGCACCACAAAGCUACCGCUCUCCAUAAGACAAGUGUGAAGUUUUAGCCAAAUGGACAGCUUUCGCCCUCCCUCACACUCAGCAGUUCGACUGCAAACUUUAUGGGAGCUCUGUUCCCUGGACACUUGGGGUGUGUUUGAACAGUCCAUGCCAUUACAUCAGCUGAGCUAAUUUGGUGCCACUGCUAAAGCACAAUGCAAUAUAUGGUAGAUUGCUUUUUCUGUCACUUGUGUUAAGGCUAUAAAAGGAAAUCUCGAUAGUUAUCCAGUAUACAGUAAUUCCUUUGGCCACCAAGCCUGUGAAACCUUUGGUGUGCAUCUGUAUAAGCUGCCUACAUUAUGAAUGCCUUCAGUCUUGCUGACAUGCAGUGAUCUUGCCAGCAUUUGUUUUGCUCUCUGCCUGCUUCAGGAGAUCAUGCUAAGGUCUCUGUUACUUUGAGGAGAAAGUGUUGUUGCUCACCUGGUAUUACUCUAGUCAGAUUGCAAAAUGCAAUUAUACGAAGAGAGAACCAAGUUUGGUUCAAGAAUUGCCUACGGAAUGAACAAUGGCUUUGGCUGUCAGGAAUGGCGUUUGCAAGAUAACACAGUUAAUUCUGGUCUGUCCUUGGUGGUUAAGUUUUUCAAUGUCUGUUGAGCUCUAAUAGUAUUGCUUUUCCUUGUCUCGUAUUUCUUCCGCAACUAAUCUAUUUAGGCAUUGAUCAAUGAAAUGUUAUCAGUGCUUAAUGCCCAGCAAUAUUCUUCUGAGCUGUUGUAUUCAACUUAAGUAGACUGAAGAGGAGGAAUCUUAUGGGCAUCUACACAAGCAGCACAAAUAGAUUAUUCCUUAUAAUCUAGAAUUUUUGCAUUCAAAACUGACUUUAAAACAGACUUGACACAGUACUUUGGAAUUAGUCAGGUAAAUGUCCCUUUUGCUUAAUCACUGUUUAAAAUGACUGUUCCAUGGAUCAGCUAUUUUGCAGCUGCUUUAUACAAAAUCCUCUGACAGAUAAGUGAUGUGCAUGGUUCCUGAAUGAGAAAUGCUGGAUGGACUAUGAGUGCUCAUAGAGAAACAGUUUGAUAUAGCAAACUGUAUAAAGUGGACUGGAAAUGGGGUAGGAAGAAGAAUAGCACUGUUCCAACACAGAAGAAGAGUAAUCUGGAAAAAUUCUGUGAUUUGACCUAUUAUUUAGUUUGACCCGUUAUUUAGGCAAUUCAGAUGCUUCUUGAAAUGAGUGAUAACUCUUUAUCUCUUCCCAUCUCUAACUUGGCAGCUCUGAUGAAUCAGAAUUUAGACCUUUAUAGAAGCCUCACCGUUCCUUUUAGUAUGUUUUACUCUGUCCUUAGAACCAUUCAGCAGAUUAACAUAAAGUUAUGUAGGAUUGUUCCAAGAUUCACAGUCGGGGGCGGGGCUGGGGGGAGGUAUUCAACACCAAUGUUCCCAUAAAAAGUGCCUUGACAGUAGAAAAGCAGCAUAUACAUUCUAUUACAAAUAAAGAGUAUAUUACUUCUGACACUUGAAAUCAUGCUCUUCUUAACUGAGGUACUCUUGCAGGCUUUCUACAUUGACUGCUCAAGAAGGAAUAUUGUCCUAGAUUAUGUGUUAAUUCUGAAAGGCACUUGUGCCUGAUUCGGGAUUGUCCAUAGGUGCCUGGAAGCUUAACAAGAUCAUCUGUACUAGCUAGAAUAGUUUCCCUUGUGCUACUGUUUGCAGAGGCAGUCUUAAUCAGGUUUGCCAUGUGUAAGUCAUGUUAACCCCCUAGGUUUCUUAUUUAAACUUUUAUUUUUUGCUGUUAAAACUUAUGGCUCAUCUCCAUUAUUCAUCUUCAUCUUGCACCACCUGGCAAAUCAACAAAUGUUAAUGCUAGUAUUUUAGUGGCAAAGGUAGUAUGCCAAAAUGUUCAGAACUAUAGAAUGACCUGACAAAUAAGAUCCUACUUUAGGUAUCUUGCAUACCUGCAAGAAUAAUAUUGAAAGGCACAUUCCAAACAAAUCAAACUGAAAAGCAAGUUAGGAGAGUGGAGGAGUUGAGGUUACCUAAGAAACUAGGAAGAUAUCACUUAGACACACUGUUGUAAUCAGGAGUAUGGAAACUGAUAAGACAUUUAGUUGACCUUUUAAAGUUUGGAUUAUCUUCUUAAACUGAUUGAAAUUUUAUAGCUUGAGCUGUAUAGAAUUGUGACCUACAUUUUCAAUAGAAGCCAUUUUCUUUGUAAUGAUGAGUUAAUUCUAAGGUGGGUGGGAGAAGAGAAGAUUUCAGCUUGCUGUAACGGGCAGGACCAAACUCAAGGCAACUUCUGAUCUAUAUAUGUAACUGCUGCAUUUUUAUAAAUAUGUGUAAAUUCCCUUCCUACUGUAAUAUUUUGAUCCUGGAAAAUAAAACAAACCUUUUCACUAA